AUUAUCCUUCAAAACCCCAUCACAAUGGAAUCCUGGUUAGUAGACGUGAAGAGGGUCCGCAUCCCACGCCCCAAAUUCGGAAGCAGUCGAUGUUAUCCUGCAGAACCCCCGAAAGACUACUUCUACGAGGACAACAGACUCGAUGACCUCAAGAUGAAAGCCUCCCACCAGAACUCAGGUCUUGCCAAGGCGACCGAGGACCUCAGGAGAGCUUUUCAAGAAAAACUUUAACGAAAAACCGACUACCUUUUUCCUAUUUCAAACCAUCGACCAUGGCAGUUCUUAUGUCGUAGAAUGUGGGAGGGCCAUCUUUGAUAUCCAAUUUUACUCCCAUAAUUUAGAUAAUAAUCCUUAGGAAAACAUUUCUUUCCACUUUCAACUGUCUCGAUAUGCAUAUCGAAAAGUUAUUGCGUCCAUGCUCAAUCAUGUGCCUUUUUUGGCUUGUCUGAGCCCUGGCAUAUUCAAAGUCCAUUCAAACCGAGGGCGAUGAGUUAACGUGUGACCUAAAUACCCGAAAGCCCUUUGACAUUUUCACCUGCACCCUGCAGCUGUAUUCUUAACAUUUUCAUCGUACAAAAUUUGAUGGACUUCGAUACAUAGUUUGAAUGUUUGGAAUAUCGCGACUGCUUUUAAUCUUAAUAAUCUGUUAUAUUAUCUAUUAUUAUUAACUUCCGAAUCAAACAGUAUGAAGUAAGAAGUCACUUUGUAUUGAAUGCAGGUUCAGUAUUCGAUACUGACCAAAGUAGAAUCGGCAAGAAAUUUUUGAUCGCCUAU